AUGUUGCCCAGUAACACUAUACCUAAUAUUACUAAUAAUUUUAAUGUUAACGGUAAUAUUGUGGAUAUGGCUCUAAUACAUACGUGGGAAGACCGUAGAAUAUCGAUAACGCUUCAGUAUGGCUCCAUGAAGGAGCUAGUAGUGCUGGAACGUUCAGAUAAUCCACAGCAGUUUGAAUCACUUUGUGAACGAGCGAGACAGCUAGCGGAGAAGCAGUGUGGUGGCAAAUUAGCAGGUAGCUGCGAAUUACAUUUAUUCAGGCACGAUUAUAAUUCCCAAAAUAUCCUCCAGCACUUGACAUCCGUUUCAGAAUUGGAUAAUGGUUGUAUUGUGGAAAUUAUACUGAUUGACCGUAAUGAAAGACCUACUCGACCUCACGUGCUUGCUGUUACAUCAUAUAUGACGCCAACUUUUUGUGAUUAUUGUGGAGAAAUACUGGUUGGCUUAAUCAAGCAAGGACUUCAGUGUACUAAAUGCCGAUGCAAUUUUCACAAAAAAUGCGCAUUUGCGCCAAGAAAUAAUUGUGCCAAAAAUAAUUUAACAAUGGUACUUCCAAAUUCAACAUGUACAGGAGAUCUUCGAUGCUUGCAAGAUGCUGCAUUCGCGUUGCCACACACGUUGGCUGUACAUAAUUAUAAAACUCUUACUGUUUGUAAAGUAUGUGACAAAAUGUUGAUUGGUUUAAUAAAACAAGGAUUGCGCUGUCGGGACUGCAAGGUUAAUGUGCAUAAAAAAUGUGCUUCUCUAUUGCCAAUGAAUUGUCAAAUAGCUGAUGGUGCAAUCACACCUUCGUUUGAUCAGUUGAGUGUUGAAGAUGAUUCAUCUUUAGUCUCAAUAACAUACGACGAAAGCACAGCUCAGGAAGAAAACGAUUCCAUGAUACCACUUGCACGUUUGCCAGGUCAAGCAUCAACAAGGACCACUAAUCGUCAACCAACAGUUGAAGGUUGGAUGAUUCAUUUUAUGCUGGAUCAACCGGAAAGACGAUUGAGACAUUACUGGAUCCUAUCAAGUGGUGCAAUAAACAUGUAUAACGAAUACAAUGAAGGAGUUAAUCCACAUCGCAUUUAUCGCACUAUACCGCUUGGUGAUAUAUUGGUUUUGACACCUUAUACUGGACCACCUGUGCAUUCGAGUUUUCCUGCACACUGCUUUGAAAUUCGUACCACCUCACAUAUGGUAUAUUGUGUAGGAGAAAAUUUGGAUGCGUAUGGUGCGCCACCCACAAAAGUACCGCGUCAUGCAAACGGGAAAAGUAAUUCAAAUGUGCAGAUGUGGUUUCAGGCUUUACAACAAGCAUUAAGACCGCCACCAUCGAAAAAUGAUUCUUCAAAUACGGAACCAGCAUUACGGCUUACAGAAUUGUAUCAGAUUUUGAGCGAUAAAACAUUGGGAUCCGGUCAGUUUGGAACUGUGUAUGCAGGAGUUCAUCGACAAAGUGGACGUGAAGUUGCCGUAAAAGUGAUUGCAAAAGACCGAUUCUCAAAGAAGUCAUCCGCUGGAGUGGAAACAUUGCGAAGUGAAGUAGCAAUUUUGCAAUCUAUAAGUCACUGUGGCAUUAUAAAAUUAGAAUCGAUGUUUGAAACAAAGGAUAAAAUUUUCGUGGUAAUGGAGAAAAUGAAUGGUGAUAUGUUGGAGAUGAUUUUGAGUCAAGCAUCAGGUCGCUUAGAUGAGCGAGUUACUAAAUUUCUGAUUAUGCAAAUUUUGUGCGCCCUACGAUAUUUGCAUUCGAAGGGUAUUGCGCAUUGCGAUCUCAAGCCAGAAAAUGUUUUAUUAUCUGAUCUCGUCAAUGCUUUUCCGCAAACAAAAUUAUGCGAUUUUGGCUAUGCUCGAUUUAUUGGUGAUGCACAGUUCAGGAAAACGAUUGUUGGUACUCCAGCCUAUUUAGCUCCAGAAGUCCUUCAAAAGCGAGGUUAUAAUAAGUCACUGGACAUGUGGUCUGUUGGUGUAAUCAUUUAUGUGACUCUUAGCGGUACAUUUCCAUUCAAUGAUGGUGAAGAAAUAGCUGAACAAAUCCAAAAUGCUGCUUUCAUGUUCCCAGCUGAACCAUGGCAAGAAAUCUCACGUGAAGCUGUAGAUCUGAUUCAAAGAUUACUUAAAGUAAAGAUCGAAGAACGUUUAUCUAUCGACGAAUGCAUGAAACAUGAGUGGUUAGUUGGAGUGCAAGUUUAUGCAGAUUUAAGACGAUUGGAAUUGCAAAUUGGAGGUCAGCGAUAUUUGACCAGUGAAGAGGAUGAUGCUCGUUAUGGACAGCUUCUCGCCUCCCAAAGUUUUAUUCCUCCAAGUAUUUCUUCUGGAUUGAUCUGA